UAUCACCCUCACUCUCCUCCUCUGCAGCCUCCUUACUCAUUCGCCUCAUCUCGCCAUCACGGUUUGUCGCUCAGAUUUACAUUCCCAGUUGUAAUUCUUACAGUUUUCUUUGACUGAGGGAGAUGAAAUUCGGGAAGAGCCUCAGCAACCAGAUCGAAGAGACGUUGCCGGAAUGGCGGGACAAGUUCCUGUCCUACAAGGAGCUCAAGAAGAAGCUGAAGCUCCUCGAGCCCAAAGGCGGCGAGAGGCCGACCAAGCGUCAGAGGCCCGAACCCGUAGAUGGGAAGGACGGCAUGUCAGUGGAGGAGAUCGAUUUCAUUAGCUUGCUGGAGAACGAGCUCGAAAAAUUCAACACCUUCUUCGUUGAGAAAGAGGAGGAAUACAUUAUCAGAUUGAAGGAGUUACAAGAUAGGGUGGCAAAGGCAAAGGAUUCCAGUGAAGAGAUGUUAAAAAUUCGGAAGGAGAUAGUGGACUUCCACGGAGAGAUGGUUUUGUUGGAGAAUUAUAGCGCCCUUAACUACACAGGAUUGGUGAAAAUACUCAAGAAGUAUGACAAAAGAACUGGUGCCCUCAUUCGCUUGCCCUUCAUUCAAAAGGUCUUGCAGCAGCCCUUCUUCACCACUGACUUGCUCUACAAACUUGUGAAGGAGUGCGAGGCAAUGCUGGACGGCUUCUUCCCCGUGAAUGAGCCGGCUUCAGCCGAGGCAGCUGAUGGGGACGAAGGGUGUCAUCCAGAUCCUUCAACUUCUGCCACUAACAAGAGUGAUGAUGGUCUGCUCAGAACGCCCAAGGAACUGGUUGAGAUAGAGUAUGUGAAGAGCUUAUAUAUGAAGAGCACUAUAUCAGCGCUGCGGGUUUUGAAGGAAAUUCGGAGUGGAAGCUCAACGGUUAGCGCUUUUUCAUUGCCACCGCUGCAAACUAUUGGACUUGAGGAAACGUACGUGGAAUAAAAUUCCAGUUCUGGAACAAGUAGCCCAAUAGGAAGGAAGUGGGACAUGCCCACAUGUCCCAUUUGUUUUUUAUAUCAUCUUCUUUUUUUCAUGCAUCUCUUAUGAUGUCUUAGAUACUAACACAUGUAAAAUGCCAAAUUCAACCAGAAAUGAAUUCAAUAGAAUCGUAAGUUCUGUAUAAUAGAAUCUUUGGGCUUUAUAGAA